AUGGCAAAUAUAACUUCAAUGUUGUCACUAGGACGACAUGAUAUUUGUUCUGAAGAUAUUACCAACAACUGCAUAAAUGUAAUUGAUAAUGAUUGUAAUAAUUCAAAAACAUUAGAAAAUUUACAAUGUUUUGUAUGUGAUGCAAAAAUUCAAGGACGUUAUUAUGCUUUGGCUACAUGUAGAACACAGAUAUCAAGAACUAGAGUAAUAGAAAAACUUGGAGAAUUAGUUGGUGAAAGAUAUAUGGUAGUAAUAUCAGAAGAUGAUGUAAUUUGUCGAAGUUGUGCUAAUCUUAUUAAUACACUUGAUAAACUUGAUGUUGAAAUGUGUAAUGUGCGUGAUAAUAUUUUGAGAUUCUUAGAACAAAAAUAUUCUUUAGAAAAAGGAGAGCUUCUUGGUAGUAGUGAAAAACAAAAGCGUUCUCAACCACCACAGAUCACAAAAUGUAACAAUCAAGUUGUAACUAAUUAUGCAAGUAGGAAAGAUGUUAUCUUAUCUUCAAAUAUUACUGAAAAAUCCAAACAUAAAAAAAAUAAUAUUUGGUUGCAAUGUGAUAAGUGUCAAUAUACCACACUUCACAAUUCAUUUAUGGUGCAUCAUAUUAGGGAUCAUAUUAAACAAAAAAUAUUUUGUGAUAAAUGUGGUGUGCAAUUUUAUGAAAGUCAACAAGAAUCACAUAAUUGUAAUAUGAAAGAACAUAUAAAUGAUCGGACUAGAAUUCAAGACAAACAAGCAGAAUCAUCUUUAAAAAAUAUUGAUGAAACUAUAUUGGAUAUUCCGAUUUUGGAAAAAAGUGUACAGCAAAAUGUACCAGUUAUGACUAUUGAAACAUAUUCUGAACCACAAAUUUCAAAUCAUAAUGAAAAUAUUCCUAUAAUAAGAUUAUCAAAUUCUGAAAAUUUAUCAAUACAAAAUAUUCUAACUUCUGAGAAUAAUUCUGCAAAUGGUCAACCAAUAUAUGUACGUAUUUUACAACCUGUUGAAACUAAUGAAACAUCAACACAUCCUACAGUGAUGGUAUCACAUUCUGAUACAGAUGUGCUUACCAUGAAGCUUAAAGAUAAUUCAGACAAACAAAUUUUAACAUUGACAGAGGAUGGUAAUCUGGAAAUGACAGAAAUAGCUUGCUGGAAUGACAUACAAUCAUCAGAAUCACAAUCCAAUAUAAUGUUUCAAUAAGUCAAUUUAUUAAAUUAAAUACAAAUUUUAUUUAUUUAUUUUUAUCAAUAUCAUAAAUAACAGUUAUUUACAUUUGUAAUAACAUACAUUUUUUUUUUUUAUUUUAAUAACCAACACGUAUUUUUCAUAUGUUGACUUCUUUCGUUUCUUUGCCACUACCGCUUGUUUGUAAAUUGAAAACUACUUUAUUUGUUUAGUAGUUUCCAAUCAUCAGUUUUCUGAUUUCAUUUAAGAUGUGAUUUCAUUAAGAUGUGAUAGCUUCUUUGUUAUUUAGACACCGAAUGGGAACUACAUAUAAAUAUAAAGAAUUAUUACAAAAAUAAAAAUGAAAUUUCUCUUUAUAAUAUAAGAUACAAAUAUGAUACAUUGAAUGUUUUAAUAUUAAAAAUAUGUCAAAUUUACUUUAAGACCAAAUGUUCUAUCCUAAAAUACCGUCAAUAAUAUUUUGUAUAUUAUCAUUGAUAUCGUAUACAAUAUCUAGUAUGUUUUUAACAUUAUCAUUUGUAAUAUUUAUUGCAUUUUCAUGAUAUCCUGGAUACCAUAGGAAAUUCCAGAAGCAACAUUUUUAAUGUUAUCAAUUGUAUGUUCAAUAAUAUUACUAGUAUUACUCACAAUAUUACCGACAACAUUGUUAAUAUUAUUCAACACAUUGCCUAACAAAGUAUUAGAGUUUUUUGCCAUAUCAUAAAUUAUAUCACCCGUAUCUUUCAUGACGUUUAGACCAUCUAAAUCUAUGUUUUCCAAUUGGUGCAUGAUAUUUGUAAUAUGCUCGAGGACAUUGUGAACUUGCUUUUCAAUGUCCUUAAUUAUAUUAUAAAUAAAUACAUUGAUAUUGCUCGAUAGAUGGUGAGCCUCUUUUCUUAACGCAGACAAUAUUUUGUUCAGAGCAUCAGCAAUUUUUUUUUUAAUCUCUUCGGUUGUAUGUUUCGCUUCUGUUACAAUUUGGGGAGUUUUAUUCAUGAGUUCGUGUACUUUUUCUUCCGUAAAAUUCUUCAUGUGGUUCACAAUCUGGUGAAGCUUUUCAUGAACGUUUGUCAAGGUGUUAUUUAUUCUCCAAAUUAUCAAGUGCAGCGGUAACGUUCUUAAUGAUAUUUUCUAUUCUGUGUUUAAUGAUUUUUUUCGCCUCUGAAGAUUUCAGUCUGUUAACUCUAUUUUUAAGAUGUUGAAAUUGUUCUUGCGUUUUGCGCUUAAUAUCAGCUACCAUUUUGGUUACUCGUUGUAUUGCUCGAUGUACAUCAUGUUCGAUCAAUUGUGUCACGUUUUUUAAGAAACUAGUGUCGGAUUUAAUAAUUUAAUGUUUAAUGUUGUUCUUAAUAUGAUCGAUGAUGUUUGACACGAUAUCCUCUAUAUUUUUAAAAGUAUUUGAAACGGUUUGUUUUAUCUGAUUUCACUGCUUCAGCAGUACGAUUGACAAUCUGAGACAGAGUUCCUUUUAGAUCAUUUACAUUAGUCACUAUUUCCUUGAUUUCUUCCGCUUUUUCUUUAACUUCCUCAAAAUUCUUUAAUUCAUUCUUAAUAUUAGAUAUUGUAUUGUUUGUAGCUUCUCUUGCUACUUCUGCAAUUGUAUGAACAUCCUCACUGAUGUUCUUUAUGUUUUCUUUUAAUGCUUCCAGAACAUCAUUAAUAACUCUUUGAGUUUCGUUCCUCAACUUGUUCAACUCAUCUUUUAUAUCGUGUACGGUGUUUUGUACAUUCUCAAUCACAUUAUGUAUGAAGUUUCUUAGCUUCUUCAUUAAUUCUAUGCAGUUCGUUUAACGUAGUAUUUUUUAUAUUCUCAAGAAUAUCGUGAGCUUUCUGUUUAGCCUUAUCUAUCCUAUUUUCUAAAGAUUGGCUCGUGUUCUUUAAUCUUUCUAAAUCCUCAACGAGCUUUUCAAAUUUCCGUGUGACGUUAGAAGCUUUAUCAUCAAGCUUUUCAAGAUUUUCCUUUAGUUUUUCGGAAGCUUUCGAAAGGCUGCUUCUAUCUGUUUUUGUACGAUAUUUCUGAUGUUCUCGAAGGCAUUAUCAGACUUGUUCUGAAGAUCAUGUAGAAUCCUUUCCAAAAUACUCGUGACGUUAUGGAAAGCGUCUGUGGAAUUAUCCUCGAUCUGAUCUCUCACAUGUUCCUAAAGAUACGUGGAAUUUGUUACGCUUUGCAAGCGAUUCUCGAUCAUACGCUCCACAGAUUUUACAAGUUUCUGUAAAUCCCUGACAAUUUUAUCUGUGUUUCUAAUGUAGGACGAGUCUUGAUUUUUGUCAUUGCCACUAUUGUUAUUAUUAUCUUCUUGCGAGCCUUCUUGAGAAUUGUAGUAUAUUAAGCUGUAAUAAUUUUUCAAAUUGUCAUUACUUACUUUUUUUUUCCUAUCAGAAAUUUUUAGAAAACUAUAAUUACAUUGAGAUAUUUCAAAAAUUUUUUGUUGUAUUUCUUGAUAUCAAAGUAAUCAUAGAAAUAACAUUGUUAGAUGUUACAAAUCUAUUCCUAUUCCUUAUAUGUAAAAAUCAUUAAUUAAUACGUACAUUAAAAGCAUUUUCUAUUUGGUCUAUUGGUUCAAAUGGAAAAGCCUGUUAAAAAAACCAAAGAAAAAGAAAUGGUCAAUUAAUAGAAGAGAAAGAAUUUUAUUGCAAAAUGAAGAGACGUAGAAUAUCCUGUAAGUAAUUAAAAAUCAUACAUUCGUAUAGUUAAUGAAAUGAUCAGACACAAUGAUUUAUUUUCAAAACAAAAUGUUAUAAAUUAAAGUGUCAUACGUACGAGAACAGCAGAGAUGCUAAGAAUAGCGAAAACUGA